GUCACCCCUGUGGGCAAAGCCUCACUGAAUUCCAAGGCUUUCUGGCUUUUGCUUUCAGAACUUGCCAGACAAGGUAGGGGGAAGUGCCAACUCUGUGAUUCCAAUUAAAGGAAGUCCCUUGAUUGUAAUUUCCCUUGGGGGUAGAAAGGGAGAAACGUCAGCCGUCCGUUUUAUUCACUGUGAAAUAUGCUCCGGAAGAUCAUUACACCACACCGGCAUUCUACGCGGAGCAGAGAAUAAUUAUCUUACAACCGGCUACUUCUUUUUAUAAGCUUGUCCCCACUUCUCCCUCUGUUUCCUCUGUAAUCUGCUUUGUUACACAAAAAACACAAAGGACUUGCACACUCUUGUCACUUCCAAAAACAAAAACACAGCCAAACCCUACUCUUUGUUUAGUUUGAGAUCAGACAGCACAAGGAACAAACAAACAAAAAAAGGGCAUUGGAGAUCACUCAUGGGAUCUGGGGCUGCAAGUUUUCUUAAGGUUCUUCUCAAGAACUUUGAUGUUCUUGCUGGGCCAGUUAUUAGUCUUCUGUAUCCUCUAUAUGCCUCCGUUAGGGCAAUCGAGUCGGAGUCUCGUGCCGAUGACAGACAAUGGCUUACAUAUUGGGUUCUCUAUUCCAUGAUUACAUUGCUGGAGCUCACCUUUGCCAAAGUUAUUGAAUGGAUUCCCAUAUGGUCAUACACAAAGCUGAUUUUUACCUGUUGGCUGGUUAUCCCAUACUUCAGUGGUGCUGCCUAUGUUUAUGAGCAUUAUCUGAGACCUUUCUUUAUCAACCCACAACAGACAAUUAACAUCUGGUAUAUUCCAAGGAAGAAGGACUUCAGUAAGCCAGACGACAUUUUAACUGCUGCGGAGAGAUACAUUGAAGAGAAUGGAACUGAAGCAUUUGAGAAGCUCAUUCAUAGGGCUGACAAGUCCAGGAGUAGCGGUUACAUAUAUGAUGAUGAUGGCUACCGACAUUGAUCCUUUAUAGCUCCAGUAUGUAUGUUUUGCUGUGUGUGGAAGAGAAAGUCGCAUGUGGUGGUAUCAUCCGAAAGAGACUUUUGGUUCUUGGGAAGAACUCUGGAUGGCUGUGUAAUGUUAUGUAAUUAUCUUAGGUUGCUUCUGGAACUUUGUUACGGUGGAGAGUGCAAGUUCCUAAACACUUUUUCAUAUUUGGCAUAGCUUCUGUUGAUUCUGGUCGCCCUGCUAGUUUUGACGCUUGUUUUUGCUAGAGUUGCUGGUUUAGUUAACUGUUUGGGAUUUGGCAAUGCUUUGUGAUAUCAUGGUCACAUGAGUUUAUUGAAAGAUGAAAGUAUAGUUUAAAGA